AAGCACAUUCUGUUCUGGGCUGGGACAUAUAGUAGGCUCCAAACUGAAAAAGGCCAAUAAGCACACAGAAUGACAGAUACUACGACACAUGAGCAGCCAAGUCUUUCAGUUGACCUCCACGGCUAUCCUUAGAUACACACUCCUAUAUAUUAAUCCAACACAAUGCCAUGACAAAUCAACACUCUACACUUCCUCUCAACAGAGGAGACUUUAAAAGAGAAGACCCUUCUCUUCUCUUUCAUCUUGCCCACCACCUGUUUGUGAAUUGCCCCAAAGAAAAAUUCGACAUUUAAGAGAUGGAAAAUGAAGAAUCACCUCAAUUGAACAAAGUGGUCAUCAUAACUUUGCCUCCUCCUGAUAACCCAUCUUUUGGAAAGACUGUAUCUAUCUUUUCAUAUACUGAUGGCCCAUCUCAGCAACAAUUGAACCAAGUUCAAGAAAACCAAGAUGAAGAACAGCCCCAUGUGCCAAUUCAACCACCAUUUGGUAAUCAAAAUCGAGUCUUUUCGAGAAGAUAUGUGUUUGGUAGUCGUAUGAGUGCUUUAGGAUUUGUGGGUCUUUUCCUGAUGGCUGUGGUUUUGUGUUUUUCGGCGUACCCGAAAAGUCUUUUUCAAGAAAAUGGUUUUGGUGAUAACAGGCUUAGAGAUGAGAAUGAUGAUGAUGGGAAGCCAAGUACUUUUGUGUUUGAUCUUUUCCCGAAAUCGGGUAUGCCUGCAAAGUUGGGGAAUGAUGUUGAGCUUAAGUUGGGGAGGUUUGUUGAAGUGAAUACUGAUAAUGUUGUGUCUGCAUUGGUUGAUGAUGGGGUUAGAGCUAGUAAGAUUAAGGCUGCACUUUCGGCUGUGGAAUCUACUACCAUUUUACCUGUUAUGGGUGGUAGUUAUCCUGACGGGCUGUAUUAUACAAAAAUUUUGUUGGGAAGCCCUGGAAGACCUUACUUUCUUGACAUAGAUACGGGAAGCGACUUAGCAUGGGUCCAGUGUGACGCUCCAUGCACUAGUUGUGCCAAGGGACCGCACCCUCUCUACAAACCUAAGCGAGCUAACAUCAUUCCCUCAAAAGAUGCAUUGUGUGCUGAAGUUCAGCAAACUCAUAGAUCCGGAUACUGUGAAUCAUGCCAGCAAUGCGAUUAUGAAAUAGAAUAUGCAGAUCAUAGUUCUUCUAUGGGUGUUCUUGCUAGGGAUGAUAUUCAUUUAAUGGCAGCAAACGGAUCAGUGGUCAACAUGAAAGUUGCUUUUGGGUGUGCAUAUGAUCAGCAAGGUGUAGUUUUGAAUUCUCUGACAAAGACAGAUGGAAUCCUUGGGCUUAGCAGGGCCAAGGUCAGCCUGUCUUCUCAAUUGGCUGGCCAGAAGAUCAUAAAUAAUGUGGUAGGGCAUUGCCUUACUGCUGAUGCAGCUGGUGCUGGAUAUAUGUUCUUAGGAGAUGACUUUGUGCCUCAACGGCAAUUAGAGUGGGUUUCAAUGCUUAAUAUCCCCACCACGAAUGCUUAUGUUGCUGAAGUAUCCAAAAUAAGUUACGGGAACACGAAGCUUAGUCUAAAUGGUUUGGACAAUGGACAUGUGAUUUUUGAUAGCGGUAGUUCUUACACCUACUUCACAAAACAAGCAUAUGCUGAUUUAGUUACUACUCUUCAAAGUGUUUCUAAUGACGACCUUAUUCAGGAUGAAUCAGAUAGUACGCUACCCCUAUGUUGGCGAGCUAAAAUUCCAAUAAGAGCUGUAUCUGAGGUUAAGCAAUACUUUAAACCUUUAACCUUUCAAUUUGGGUGGAAGUGGUUGGUUUCAUCUGUGAAGAUGAGGAUUCCACCAGAAGGGUAUUUGGUUGUAAAUAACAAAGGUCACAUUUGUCUGGGAGUUCUUGAUGGAAGUGAGGUACAUGAUGGGGCCACUAUUGUACUUGGAGAUGUCUCUUUGCGUGGACAACUAGUUGUCUAUGACAAUGUUAACAACCUUAUUGGAUGGAUGCGAUCUGAUUGUGUCAAGCCUCAAACUUCGACUAGUCUCCCUUUUCCUUGAGGAUGGUAUUUUUGGAUGCUGCAGUAUAGAGUAUAGGUUCAGCUGUCAAGUCACUUGCACAAUUGUCUGUAUCUUUCACCCUUGUCAUCGACAUUUUUUAUGAAUGUAUAGUGAAGCAUUUAAUUAAGUACAUAGUUUGUGCAUUUGCAUA